GAGCCUCUGGCAGGCUGCCACAGAAAGCUGCCAAAGCUGAAGAGAGCCGGGAGAAGCAGGGGGCUGGGGGUUGGGGAAGCAGAGGGACCGAGAGGGUGACCAAAUAGUGAAAGGAGCAGAAGAGAGAGAGCAGGAGAGGGAGGGAGAUGGCAGAGAGUGUAUAACUUUGGGGAACUCAGGAAGAGGCAGCAAAGGGAACAAACUUUUUCUCUCUUGUCUUGUUUUGGACUUUUGUGCAUUUCAUAGCGGACUUCAGUGCUGACAGAGCAGAACAAGGGAUACUCAUUCGUUUGCUUUCUUCAUUGAAUUGCUCUUUUUCUUUAGAUCUCCAGAGAUUGUUUUGUUUUGUGGUUCUUUUUAAAAUUUUUAUCUGCCUGUUGUUUAACUGCCUGAGAUUUGAAGAAGGCGUGACUGCACAUUUGAAAUCCUUCCAGAUUUAGCAGCAACUGUGUCCACUUCUGGGACGUUUGUGGCUGCACUGAAACACCAAACAGACAUAUAAACACACACACACACACCUGUUGUUGCUGAGGAUUCCCCAGGAGCACGGUCAUGGACAUCUGUGUCCCUGUUGCUUGAGGGAAUCUGUGCGUGUGUCCAGCUGUUAUCUGGUGGUGGCCUCGGUGAAUGUUACAGUAGAAGCUGAUCUGCCUGUCCGGGGUAGAGGAGGGAGAUGUCAUCCUACUACCCACGCACCAAGGACCUGACUCGCACCAGGAAGUCACUGACAGAAUCGCCACCAUCGUCUCCGUCCCCUACAGAAAAAAACUACAGACAUGACAGAGUGUCAAGAUUUGAUUCCAUUGGAGAGAGUGCUACAGACAAGUCACUGGGCCGCACCAGCUCAUACACACGCAGAGAGGCAAGGCUGGCUGCACUGAAUAAACAGGAACAAGACUCCACUGCCAAAGACUAUAAGAAGAUGUAUGCAGAAGCUUUGCAUGAAAAUGCAAAACUCAAGUCCAGGUUGCAGGAGAGCAAACAAGAGCUAGCCAAGAUACGUUCCCAACUGGAGAAAGUCACUCAGAGACACGACACAAUAUCUGAAAGAUCUUCAGCACUUGAAUCAGAAAAAAGGGAAAAACAAACCCUUGAGAAAAGAGUGUCAGACAUGGAGGAGGAAUUAAAGCAGGAUGCCCCACUGCGGUUUCGCUGUGGGUACCAGCCCUGAGGGCAAGCUGUCUCAGGGAAGGGGGGACGGUGAGUGGUUGCUAUGAUACAGAGGUGUGACUGAUACGUACCUAUCACCUCACAUGUUUCUGUUGUGCCAGAGAUUGGGGCAUGUUUACACAUCUGGACUUUUUAUCCUCUCAACAGUAGCUUAGAGCGUAAAAGCUUUGGGAGCACAUCACCUCAGAGAACCGCCUUGCACUCUCUCACAAAGUCACUCCUUCACUUUUAGCAAGUAUCAGAUUCUCCACAUGGGGGAGCUGUUUCAUUGCUGCCACAUAAGUAUCAAAUUGCACCACCUACUGGAAAGGGAAAAUAACAGUAGCCUUUAAGAGGUAUAUAAAUAAAUAAAAGAUGUUUAUGCGGUUAUUUAAAAAAAUGCAAUAAAAUAAACAAAAUCAAUAAACUGCAGUUGUGACACUCAAUGACCACAAGUGUCAGAAUUCCUGAGCAGGUUACUCUCCGUUCCUAUAAAUGAUACAUAACAGCACAUCUUCGCCUUUGCUUGCUGUAGUUACUUUUCUUGCAAAUAGGGGUGCAUUUUGGGUUUUUGGGCUACCCGCCCUGUAGUUCUGCACUUAAUUAGCCUUAGUUAUGGAUUUUUCACAUCAACAGCACUGUGUGUCCAUCUUCCCUCUUAAAAUAAUGGGAAUGUGGUAAUACUCAAAGUGUCAGAUUACUCUGCUGGGUUUUACAUUCCAAAUGGAAAAGCUCAAUUAUUCUUGACAGCCUCUAAACCUAAUGAAUAGUAACUCUGUAGAAAUGAUCCCUUAGAACCUGAGAGUGUAGUCAGAUCUGAUUUAAUAUCAAACAGCUCAAUAUUAAAAGAGUGUAAUAGGGGAUACUGGUCAUUAUGCAUCCUCGGCUCACUGUGUCCUUUUCUUCACCACAGCCAAGGGCACCUUUCCAAAAACUGCGCUGUUUUAAUCCAAGAGAAUAUUUAAUGCAUGAACUGAAAAGUCCCCAAACCAGGCAGCUUUCAUAAAUGUGCGCAAGGCGAAGCUGGGUGUCCUCGUUUAUAUGUCAUGCUUUGCCACAUUCACCUCCACAAACUUGUCUGUCUGGGUGGCUGAAAUGCCACAAGUGCCCUGAAUAACGUGUAUAUGUGUGUGUGUCUGGUCUGCGGUUUACCUUCAGCAAUGGUGUCAAACCACAGACAGCUAUGUCGAACCACAUUGAGGUUUACCUCAAAAAAGUCAGGCCAGGAAGAGGGAGGAAAUGAAUGAUUUCCAUUCCUUUGACUUUUAUCUGGAGAGGCUCUUGUGCAAAGGCUAAAAUAUAUCAGCGUUCAUUAUUUUCUCUCUUUUUUUUAGCUUUCUAUGAAUUUUAUUCCAUCUUCUUUGCAGUUCUAUGAAUAUAAUAAUAAGUCAACACCUCACUUCUUCCCAAUAAAGCCCACCUUUGAUGAGCACAAAUCCAAGUUGAACUGGCUUCAUAACUUUCCUCGCUUUGUUGCAGCUUAUGGUAUUUUCUCUCAAAAUAUCUCUGUUGUGUAAAUAUUUGUUUAUGUAAGUAUUUCUGAUAAAUCCCUCAGCUCUGCUUCUUUGAUUUCCCCUGUCUAUGCUGCUGUGUGGGUGCAUGCCUGUAUGAGCGGAUAUGGCUGCAGUCUCUGUAUGAGUAUCUCUCUGUGCGACAUGGCCUGCUCCCCGCAUGCUCUCUCUGUCUGCCCCUCUCUGUAUCUCUCUCCUCCUGUACGCAGGCUUUCCCUGCUCUGGCUCAGGUCCAGACCUUGCGGAGAGUGAACGAGUGUCUCCUGGCUGAAAAUAGAGCCAUGCUUCGCGUCCUCGCCCGCC